AAAGCUCGGAACCUUAGCCUUGUUACUUGUACUACCUUACCUCAUCUCCUACAAUACAUAUCAGCCACGCAGCCAACGCUACCAACGCUGCCAUAUUCCUGCGUUAAGUUGGCUUCCGGCUCUAAUAUUCCGAAUUGGAAAUUCGUAACCCUCUAAUAUUCAUAAGUUUGUUUCAUUAUUCAUUGACACGAUCCUGGUUUCUCCAUCAUGUCGCUCGACCCCCCUCCUUACCUCGGUUCGCUCCAGAACAACAUCCGUCAGCGACCGAUUCCCUGGGAUGGCGCAGCUAGAGCAGGCACUAUCACCGAGGCCCAAUUGGCCAAGAUCAGAGCAGUCGAUAAAGUAAAGAGAGAACAGCGAAAACAAAUAGUCGAAGGCGACCUCGAAGGUUACCGGAUACUAUUUCUUGGAGGACCCGGCACCACAGGCGUUCUCGAGUCGGCGAGCAAACGUUCCGACGUUGUUCAAUACAUCUUGGUUUUACUGAGUGAUCUGCUCGAAGGUGUCCCAGCGCUUGCGAAAGCACUGUUUAGAGAUCCGGACCCGUAUCAACACCUCCUACCCCUUCUUGCGCAUUCGAAUAAUUCCGAGGACCCUAUUCCCCUACUCACCUCCACCGUUCUUACUACCCUUAUGGCCACUUCUAAAGACGAAUCCGCGUCGACAAAACGCGCCUUACCUCUACUUCUAACCUACCUUUGCGGCUUAGUAAAGAACUCGAAUGACGCAGGAUUACAAGACAUUGCAGUCAUGGAAUAUUCCUCUCUCCUAUACGGGAAGUCAUCUAGACAAUUAUUCUGGAAGCAACGAAGCGAGACGGUUGCUCCCCUAAUCGAAAUUCUCCGAAAAGCUGCGGGUGUUGGUGGUGAGUCUUCUGCUAGUCUUUGGAGCGGCAACACUACGACCAGGAGCGGUGGUUUCGAGGGUAUUAGUGGUGGGGUCGGGCUACAGCUCUUAUACCAUGUUCUGCUGGUGUUGUGGCAGCUGAGCUUCGAGGCGGAGGAUAUCGGUAACGACCUUGAUGACGAAUAUGACAUCAUUCUCUUAUAUACUCAAUUACUACGGCUGUCGCCAAAGGAGAAGACUACGCGACUUCUUCUAUCUACGCUGUACAACCUUCUUGAAGCCAAUCCUUCUACACUUCUCCCUACGGCAGUCCUAGCCAAGUUGCCCGCAUUUCUAUCAAACUUUAGCGGCCGUCACUUAUCGGACCCGGAUUUACAGGAAGACUUAGAGAAUCUAAAGGAGAUGCUAGAGGAGUAUCAGAAGACCAAGACCACGUUCGACGAGUACGUGGCGGAAGUUCAGUCUGGCCACCUGAGAUGGUCACCACCCCACCGUCACCAAGUGUUCUGGGCCGAGAACGCACGAAAGAUCCUGGAAUUUGAAAACGGGGAAAUUCCACGGAAACUGGCAGAGAUUAUGAGCAAGUCGUGGGAAAACGACAAGGCGGUGCUGGCGAUCGCCUGCAACGACGUCGGCUGUCUAGUCAAGGAGGUACCGGAGAAGAGGCACCAACUGGAGAAGCUAGGGUUGAAGACUCGCAUCAUGGAGCUCAUGCAGGAUUCCGACGAGAACGUGCGAUGGGAGAGCUUACGAGCUCUCGGCAAUUGGCUUAAGUACAGCUUUGAUGGGAACUGAAAGGUACCUAUUGUGAAUUCCUGCAUGGAUAUGAUUAUAUUCCUUAUCGUAUUGUUUCGAUUGCCAUGGUGUUGCGCUACAAGCGCGGGUGCAAAGACACGUCGUCGUCUUACAUAGUAUAUUGGGUAGGAUAGAGACGUGAUAAACUCAGUUCGAGCUAAGUCUAACUAUCGGUACCUCUAAGGUACCUAGUAGUUAACCAACUUCAAACUUCAAUGCCUUAAACCUCGACCGAAGCUUGACUCUUGAGACUUUACCUACCUACCUAGGUAGUAAGUGAUAAGAUGGAGGUUAUGUGCGGGAGGUUAUCAGAUAGGUACCUACAUACCUUAGGUUAGGUAGGUUAGGUACUUACAUAGUCUCCGCUCGGUAACAUCAGCGGAGCUUUGGAUUUUAGUCCCAAGGUUAUGUCACGUAGACUUUCAAAGGGCUGAUAUAGAGUUUCGGGUGCUUAUAACCGUUACCUAUAACGUAA